ACCGCUGAUAAAAUAUCAACAAAAAAUAGUAACAGCCAAGCUCGAAAUAAACCAAAGAACGGUGGCGCAAAAAUAGCAAUCAAAAAAGCGACAAAACAUGUAAGAAAGAACGUUAUGUUGAUGCAAAUUGAAUUUGGCGUUGUGCACGUCGGAAAUGGCAUGUUUAAUGGUAUUGUAGUAAAUGGUGUU